AGGCGCUGUCCGACGCCAAGGAGGAUCUGCAGCUGACCACCGAUCAGCGCUCCGAGGACGUCGAGUAUUUGCGCAACCUCCGGCUGACCUGCCAGGACCUCGACAACCAGUGGGAGAAGCGCAGCAAGAUGCGCGCCGAGGAGACGAAGGCCGUGGCGGAAGCCGUGGCCAUCAUCACGGAGGACGACAACCGCGAGCAUUUGAUGAACACGAUCAGCUUCUUGCAGGAGGGCCGUGAGGCGGUCCAGCUGCGCAGGCGCCGCCAGGGAGCCGCCGGCAUCCUGCGCAAGGCCGCGGGCGACUUGGACGACGUGGACACGGACGACCUGCUGGCUGCGUGGCACGGCCGCGGCGGCGCGAAGGGCUCCGGCGCGGCGGGAGGCCCCAAGGCCCGGCUGUCCACGCUGGCAGUGACCACCGAGAUCGACUCCUUCACCGAGGUGAUCAAGGCGAUGGACAAGAUGAUGGUGGACCUCAAGGC